UAAAAAAUAUAUAUUAUUAGGGCUCCUAAGAAAUUUGUGCUAACAGUUGAUCAGAUUUUGAUGCUGUGAAGAUGUAAAUUAAGAAGAUAUGCAGAUUUUCCUUUCAGUUUAAAUUUACUACAAUUGUCACUUGAAUUCAUAAUUUCAUACCACACCUCUGUCUCUCUGCUAAUUUGGUUUCUUGAUCACUAUUGUUCUUCAUUUUGUCUGUUAAUGAUGGAUUUGAGGUCUCGAAAACCAUCUGAAAAGAAGACGCUUAAGCCUAAACUGGAAGAAAAUACGGCUCCGUCAAAAGUCAAUCGACGGAGGUGGAGGAUGGCUUUCCGGGCAAUAUAUUUCACCCGGGUUCUUGCUUCACUGCCCCGGAAAGUUCUUGAGAACAAAUCCUUGCUGCGCUCCGUUUCUUACCAUGCAAUUGAUGUCCCCAAGGAAAACCAGGGAAAUGAUAAUGGCAAUAACCCUUUUCCUGACGUUGACAAGGAGAGGCUUUCGGAGAUGGUGAAAGAGAAGAUUCUUCAAUCUCUUGCCGACUUCGGAGGAAUAAAACAGAUUGCUACAAUGCUGGAAAGUCAUCCGGAAAGUGGUAUUAGCGGCAGUGAGGCUGAUAUUGCAAAAAGAAGAAACGUUUUUGGAGAAAACCGGUACAAGAAACCUCCCCUGAAAGGAUUUCUGAGCUUUGUCCUGGAAACGUUUAAAGAUACAACUAUUAUCAUUCUUCUGGUUUGUGCUGCACUCUCCCUGGUGUUCGGCAUAAAAGAGAACGGCUGGAAAGAAGGGUGGUACGACGGCGGUAGCAUUAUUGUUGCUGUGAUUUUGGUUGUUGCUGUCUCUGCAGUAAGUAAUUUCAAACAGAGUAGACAGUUUGAGGAGCUUUCGGACGAGAAUAAAAAUAUUCAAGUGGAGGUGGUGCGGGAUGGAAGGCGCCAGCCCAUAUCAAUCUUUGAUAUACUCGUUGGUGAUGUUGUGCCAUUGAAGAUUGGUAAUCAAAUUCCGGCGGAUGGGUUGUUCCUGGAAGGCCAUUCCUUGAAGGUGGAUGAGUCAAGCAUGACUGGAGAAAGUGAUCAUGUUGAGGUCAAUGAAGAGAAUCCAUUCUUGCUCUCUGGUACUAAAGUCACUGAUGGCUUUGGCUACAUGCUUGUUACUUCUGUUGGAAUGAACACAGCGUGGGGAGAGAUGAUGAGCACUAUAAGGCAUGAAGUGAAUGAGCCGACUCCAUUGCAAUCUCGUCUCAACGUGCUGAGCUCAAUCAUUGGGAAGGUUGGAUUGACAGUGGCAAUAACAGUUCUCUCUGUCAUGCUAAUUCGUUAUUUUACGGGAAGUACGGAAGACGAAAACGGAAACAAAGAGUUCCAGGGGAGCAAGACGAAAUUUGAUGAUGUGAUGAAGUCGGUGAUUGAUAUAAUUGCAGCCGCAGUCACAAUUUUGGUUGUGGCAAUUCCUGAAGGUUUACCUCUGGCUGUUACUCUAACUCUGGCUUUCUCUAUGAAGCGAAUGAUGAAGGAUCAUGCAAUGGUUCGGAGGCUCUCUGCUUGUGAGACAAUGGGAUCAGCCACAAUAAUUUGUACAGAUAAAACAGGCACUCUUACUUUAAACCAGAUGAAAGUUACAGAAUUCUGGCUUGGAAAAGAGAAGGUAUAUGCUUCUUCCUCAGAAAAUGUUCCUUCCUCGGAAGAGGUGAAGCAUAAAUUCCGUGAAUUGCUGCAAGAAGCAAUCGGAUUAAACACGACUGGUAGCGUAUAUAAACGGGAUCCUUCAGCUGCAGCUGAGAUUAGUGGUAAUCCGACUGAGAAAGCAAUUCUUUCUUGGGCUGUCAGUGAUUGGGCAAUGGAUGUUAAUGAACCGAAGCAUAGUUGUGAAAAGAUCCAAAUAGAGUCCUUCAAUUCACAGAAAAAGAGAAGUGGAGUUUUGGUGAAGAGGAUCAAGGAUGAGGGUGUUCACAUGCACUGGAUGGGAGCUGCAGAGAUAAUAUUAGCUAUGUGCUCCCAUUAUUAUCUGAAAGAUGGAAAAGAGGAAGCCAUUGAUGAUGAAAAAAGAAAGGAAAUUGCAACAAUUAUUGAGGGAAUGGCAGCCCAGACGUUGAGAUGCAUUGCCAUGGCACACAGAAAAGUUGAAGAAAAUGAGAGAAUUGAACCGAAGCUUGAAGAAACUGGACUGAUCUUCUUGGGGAUUUUCGGUCUGAAGGAUCCGUGUCGCCCUGGUGUAAGCGAAGCUGUAAAAUGUUGUAAAAGUGCAGGGGUGAAAAUCAUGAUGGUAACCGGAGACAACCUGCACACAGCAAGAGCUAUAGCUAUUGAAUGCGGAAUCCUGGAAUCGAAUUUCAAUGAUGAAGCUAUAGUUGAAGGUGUGAACUUCAGAAAUUACUCCUCUGAAGAAAGAAAGGAAAAGACUGAACAAAUUAAAGUAAUGGCAAGAUCUUCCCCAUUAGACAAGUUGUUGAUGGUUCAAACUUUGAAGCAAAAAGGCGAAGUUGUGGCAGUAACUGGUGAUGGCGCAAAUGAUGCCCCUGCUUUAAAGGAAGCAGAUAUAGGACUUUCCAUGGGAAUUCAAGGGACGGAAGUAGCAAAGGAGAGCUCAGAUAUCAUCAUCAUGGAUGACAACUUCGCCACUGUAGUUACAGUUUUGCGGUGGGGAAGAUGUGUCUUCAACAACAUUCAAAAAUUCCUUCAAUUUCAGCUCACUGUGAAUGUUGCAGCUCUCACGGUCAACUUUGUCGCCGCUGUUUCGUCAGGUAAAGUUCCCCUCUCUGCCGUUCAGUUGCUAUGGGUGAACCUGAUAAUGGAUUCCUUGGGCGCAUUAGCAUUGGCCACUGAGCCACCCACAAAUGAUCUCAUGAGAAAUUCCCCUAUUGGCCGUUCCAAGCUUCUCAUAAUAACACCAGUCAUGUGGAGGAACCUCAUUUUUCAGGCCAUUUAUCAGGUGGCUGUCUUACUGAUUCUUCAGUUCAGGGGAAAACACAUCUUUAACACAAAUGAAAGAGUCAAUGACACCAUGAUUUUCAACACUUUUGUCCUCUGUCAAGUCUUCAAUGAGUUCAAUUCCAGGAACCUCGAGAAGAAGAACAUAUUUAGGGGAAUAUGGAUGAACAAGUUGUUUCUAGCAAUUAUUGCAAUCACCAUAGUUCUUCAACUGAUCAUGGUUGAGCUUCUGAAGAAUUUUGCCAGUACUGAGAGACUAAAUUGGGGGCAAUGGGGCAUUUGUGUUGGGACUGCAGCUGUUUCCUGGCCAAUUGCUUUUAUGGUCAAGUUGAUUCCAGUGAGAAGUUGUAUUUCUGGGUCCUCAAGGGAGAAUUCAUUUCACCAUUAAUAAACUUUGUCUAAUAUGCAACAUAAAUAAAUAUUUAACUCAUAUGAUUUAAUUACGAGUUUAAUCUUAAAAUAUUAUCAAACAGAUUUGAAAUUUUUACUAUUUGGUUUUCCACUUUUUUGUAAUUUAAAUUAUGGUGUGAUUUUUCUACUUGAGCAAUUUGUGUGUGUAAUGUUUUUAUUUUUAUUUUUUUUGUUACGUUGUGUGUGUAAUGUUACUAGUGGUAAUUCGUUUAUGAAUAAAAUCUUUUUUGCUAUA